UUUGUGAAAGCCUAUUCCAACGGUCAAGCGAAUUCGGCCAUAGAUGUCUUAGAACAGGAACUGGAGACAGAGAUAGAAAGGGACCGACAGAAAAUCCCGGACACCACUAUAGCCAGAUUACGUCACAGGGGCGGGAAAAUCCUACACGGUAAACACAUGUUGUUACUGGUGGUGGUGCUCAACGUUAUAGAUUGUGCCCUCGUGCUGGGUGAGCUCGUGCUGGAUCUCCAUCACGUGAAAGAUAUUCUGUCCCACUCUCAGAAAACGUCCUCAGUUUUCCUACAGAGACUACAGGCCAGCUAUCCUGAGAACAUCGUGUAUACUGAUACUAACGAUCUGAAGAAGAUUUAUGAGCAGAUACUUCGAGCUAAGAUAGACUGGGAAUUUGUUGACGAUGUGGGCUCUUCCACGACUCUCCCUUACACAAACAUCAACGCUACAGAAACUAGACCAAACACAACGCAUGGCAGCAUAGCCAACGACUCUUUGACAUUAAAUUCAGGUCAAAUGCACAUGCGUGUAAAAAGAAGUGCCGGCGGAAGCUCUUCCUGUGAUUUUCCAGUAACCGUUUCCGGCCUCUCAUCUUCCGUCAGUAUUGAAGAGCGGGUGGCUAAUGCUCUACAUAAAACUAGUCUCUUUAUUGUAUGUGUGCUUAUCGUGGAGACCCUACUUAAGAUGUUCUGUUUCGGAAAGCAAUUCUUUGAACAUAAGAUUGAAGUGUUCGAUGCCUUUAUCGUGCUGAUAUCGUUCGUCGUGGAUCUGAUAUUCCUGGAGGGUCUGUCCGCCUAUUCUUUAGAGGAUUUUGUGUACAUCCUGGCGUUCAUACUACCGUGGGGCGUCAUCCGGGUCGUCAACAGUUUAGUUGUAGUUGUUCGAGAUCAUGAGCACUUCCGGUUGAAGCUGCUGUACACUCAGAAGAAGAAAGUCGACAGCGAUAAUAAAAAUCUUCGACAGGAAAAGGAGAAACUCAGUGACCAGGUCGAUUCAUUGCGCAGACUAUGUUUAGGCGAAGGCGUUGACGACUUCCGGAUCCAGCAGAGCAUGACCCGGUCAAGUUCGCGUCCGGGAAAAGGCAUUAUGGGAUCGUUCGCUAGUUUGGCUAUGGGUGCAAUAGGCGGAGGUAAAUCUAACGGCACGAGUUUCUGGAACCUUCUAAACACACCGAAAUUGAAAAGGGGUAAAUCAGAGGAAUGGGAGGGAAAACUAGGCGUUUCAAAAGUGGACAGUCAUUCGAUGCGAUUCAAUGAAAGGUUAUGGACUGUGUCGGGGAUAUCAGAUAUGAAAAAGGCAAAGAAAUCGCAAUCCUUGACACAACAGGGAACUACAGAAAGCGACCCCGGAACCCCGCCCACAAUCCGAGGGCGACUGAAGGCCCUCAAACGACUGCUGAAGCGACAGGAAACAGUCGAUUCGUAUUCGUCGACGGAAACAAUUGACAAGAAUUCACGCUUCUCUCUAGAUAGACUAUCGUCCUCCGACAAUAUUACCCCGCUACAAAGUGUUGAUAUUGAAAGUGUGACUGAUAUGGAAACUGGAGAUGAAGGUCCUGGACGAUUGUCCUUGUCACCAUAUGAUGUGAUCAAUGAAUGUAUGGAGGACAAGCUAGAGGAAGGUUCGAUUGUCGGGGAUGCGACUCAAAACCGACCGUCUAAAACCAACAUCAUCGUGACCACGUGUAGUACAGACGAUUGUGAUAGUCUUACUUUUUCUACCGGAGGCAGUAAAGACUCGCUAAAAAGUCGCACAUCCGGUGGACGGACAAUGGAAAUAGCUGUGGAUAUAGAAUACAGCGAUAGUGAAAUAGCACCAAUGCUGCUUCAGGAUCCGGAAGUACCAUCUGCUGCUCCUAUUGACCCUUCCUCACCAGAUCAUAAACAAAUACUGAAUCCUAAUUCAGAAACGGAUAUUACACUUGAUCGUAAAAGUACGCAUGUCGGACAUUUGCCAAGUCUGGAUUGUGGACAUCAUAGUCAUUCUUAUAACUGCAUACCAAACAAAGCUCAGCACAAAAACUAUGACGCACCACAUGGUAGUGUAGCGUCAAGGAAGCGCUCUAUGCCGUCAAAUUCGGCCAUUGGUGAGUCAGGGUUACCAUCAGGUAUCUUUAUGCAACAACAUCCGGUAAAACGUUCGUCCGACCCGGAUAUUACACCUUCAAUUGAACGCCCCACACUACCAGAUAACAUUUUGAUCUCACCAAAUGGUUCGAGUCUCACAAAAGGAUUACCUUUGCCAAAUCCAUGGCAUCACUCGAACAGUAUGCAUCUUCUAGAUACAGCCGUGCCCGCCAGCAGAAUACACCUGCCGAAUAUAAUCUCCCAAAGCAUACAAACAAAUAACACCGGAAGUACAUUGUAUACCACCUCUGAUAUCAGUUCCGAUAACCUGUCAUACACUAGUCCUGUCAACACACCUUUAUCUGGCACAGUUAACUCAACAAGCAGAACUCCUUUAUCAACAGCCGACAUAUCAGUGAACAAAAAUAUAGCUGGAAUGUCCAGCACAACAAAUCCAAAGAGUCAAACAAAAUUUAUCCCCAGUAAUGGAUCACAGAGUGUAGAAAACAAACCAUCGCCAAUGUCCACAAACAGAACACCUUCAAUGAAUUCAAACACGCCUUUCUUAGAUUCAAACCAAACAUCCCCACAAAGUGGAAAUACAGCAAUCUCAAAUUUACUUAACAUCGAGAGAACACCGUCACCAAAAGGCAAUGUACCUCCUUCAACAAACAACAAUAAUAACAAUAACAACAACAACAACAUAUGUCAUUCACCAACCAACAGCACACCAUCACCAAACAACCGAAGUCCAUCACCAAACAACAACAGAUCAACAACACCAAGCAGAACACCGUCUCCGUUACAAAACUGUCGCAUACGAUCGCCUAAUUCAGCGUUGAGAAAUUCGACCCCAUCCCGCAGUCCCUCGGCACACCGUUCCCCAAGCCCGUCUGGCUUUGUUAGUGUACAUACAUCGAAUAAUGACAUCACAUCCGGUUUCCAACCAAUACAAAUACCAGAAACACACUUCGACAGUCCCCAUCUACCACUGGAGCCCUUGAUACGGGAAACACCGUCAAAUGUAAACAUGCAGCAAAACUCCAAUGACAACCUUGAUGACAUUCAGCAUAUGUCUACUGAAAACCAUUGUCACACACUGAGCUCUAGUGACGACAAUUCUUGUCACUCUCCGUGUUCUAGUGACAACACUGGUCACCCUCAGAGUUUUAGUGACAACCCUGGUCACUAUCCGUGUUCUAGUGACAACACUGGUCACCCUCAGAGUUUUAGUGACAACCCUGGUCACUCUCCGUGUUCUAGUGACAACACUGGUCACUCCCCGUGUUUUAGUGACAACCCUGGUCACUCUCCGUGUUCUAGUGACAACCCUGGUCACUCCCCGUGUUCUAGUGACAACCCUGGUCACUCUCCGUGUUCUAGUGACAACCCUGGUCACUCUCCGUGUUCUAGUGACACCCCUGGUCACUCCCCGUGUUCUAGUGAUAGCUCCUGUCCUAACAAAGUUAGUGAAGAAUCGAUGUCUAAUUUAGUACAAACAAAUUGUCCUGGCAAAGAUAUACUUCAAAAUAGGAACAAUACCUUUCAUCAUCCCUCGAGAGCGUUCAAUAGCGCUAAACAGCUGGAGUUACCGGACACUAUUAAAACACGUCUUACAGACAUGUCUCACAAAAGUCUGGACCAGUUCUCACCCUCCCUACCCUCCGAUCUAGCACCACAGAGGCGCUCAUCUAUGCAUUGACCAAAUGCUUCUUGUACAGCAAUAGAUCAUUUUUGAUCAGUGAUAGCUUAUAUAGUUCGAACUAAAACAAUUCUACGUCCUUGUACAUAGUCAUUUCAUACCAAGAUUAUAUAUAUAUAUAUAUAUAUAUCAGAUGUACUAUAUCUGCACCGCUGGCGGUGGCCAAUGUAUCAACGAGUUGCCAAUGAUAGUGGUGUUCCCUAAUGGAAAAUUACGCACACAGCAAAUAAACAUUAAACUCUACAAAAUGUUAUCAUUAGCUAUCAUAGUUUAUGUAGUACUGGGUAUUUAACUUAAUAUCUGUAAUGCUAUAAUAGUAGAUCGGAAAAUGUUAGAUAUGAUGAAAAUGAAAAAAAAUAAAGAGCGAUUCAAACCCGAGGUCACACAGGAUAACGUAACUUAACGUACUUCCGUCUAGUUCGGCAUUGCUUAACUUACUUAACGUACUUCCUGUCUAGCUCGGCAUAGUUUAACUUACUUAACGUACUUCCUGUCUAGCUCGGCAUAGUUUAACUUACUUAUAACGUACUUCCUGUCUAGCUCGGCAUAGUUUAACUUACUUAACGUACUUCCUGUCUAGCUCGGCAUAGUUUAACUUACUUAACGUACUUCCUGUCUAGCUCGGCAUAGUUUAACUUACUUAACGUACUUCCUGUCUAGCUCGGCAUAGUUUAACUUACUUAACGUACUUCCUGUCUAGCUCGGCAUAGUUUAACUUACUUAACGUACUUCCUGUCUAGCUCGGCAUAGUUUAACUUACUUAACGUACUUCCUGUCUAGCUCGGCAUAGUUUAACUUACUUAACGUACUUCCUGUCUAGCUCGGCAUAGUUUAACUUACUUAACGUACUUCCUGUCUAGCUCGGCAUAGUUUAACUUACUUAACGUACUUCCUGUCUAGCUCGGCAUAGUUUAACUUACUUAACGUACUUCCUGUCUAGCUCGGCAUAGUUUAACUUACUUAACGUACUUCCUGUCUAGCUCGGCAUAGUUUAACUUACUUAACGUACUUCCUGUCUAGCUCGGCAUAGUUUAACUUACUUAACGUACUUCCUGUCUAGCUCGGCAUAGUUUAACUUACUUUACGAACUUCCUGUUUAAGCUUGGACUUGUUUAACUUACUCAACGUAAUUCUGUUUAUUUCGGCAUAGUUUAACUUACUAGUUGGGUGACACCUGAAGGAUGUCACAGAAAGAAUGAAGCGUAGUGAGGGCGAUAACUCUGUUUCAGCAGUUUUCAUCAAAAUCGCUCAAUAUCUAAAUUUCAACCAAUGGGAAGACUAUGUGUUGUUGGGCCGCGGAGGCCGUGUGGUUAAGGUGUCCCAACAUUUUAUAACUAGCUGUCCAUCUCAGGGUUGCGAGUUCGAAACCCACGUCGGGCAGUUACCUAGCUGGUACUGGUUUUUCUCCGGGUACUCCAGCUUUGCUCCACCACCAAAACCAGGAACGUCCUUAAAUGACCCUGGCUUUUAAUAGGACGUUAAACAAAAACAAGUAAAACUGUCUUGUUGCCAAGGAAAUGAAACCCAUAAAGUUGAAUUUGCUGUCCCAUAAUACCCCUAUUCCAUUGAAAUCAGACAAUAUCUAAAUUUGGACCAAUCAGAGGCCGGUAGUUUAACUUACUCAACGUACUUUCUGUUUAGCUUGGCAUAUUUUAACUUCCAACUUGUAAACAUAUCUUGUGAACAUGCUUAAAAGAUAACUAUGACAUUGCCAAAGGUCGAAAAUUUUGAACGUACUCUAACGUACUUCCAUAUACAUGUAUACAUUCUUUCAUUAUUGGCCAUACUUUAACCUUCCUAAAACUCACUUCUUAAACGCUGUUUAAUAAUCACCGUCCUGAGUACGUUAAGACACAGUUUUUUAUGACUAGUAUUGACGUACAGCUGGAUUUGACGCCAUGCUUUACACGUACCAUUCUAUAUAUAGUUAAAAGAAAUAGCCUAUCCAUAGGGCUCAGAAUAGAAACCCUAUCGGAUAGAACCGCCAGAGACAACCGUCUGAAAAAAAGAGUCCGACUGUUGUUGGUUUAUCACGGUAAAACACAUAAUCAUCUGUUUAAGAAAAGGUAGCACUUUUGUUAUAAAUGGGUCAUUUCAGGAUACCACAAUCAGAGCACGCUACAUUUAUGUAACAUUCGGAAUCUUUUGACUUUAUUGUUGUUUUAAUAAUUGAUGAAACGACACAAGGAGUUUUAGUAACGUACACUUACUUCUAUUGUAAACGUAUUUAUCCCUCAUUUUGAUGCUGUGCGUUUCUCACUUUGGAUGGUAACAGCGAUGAAGCGUUAACUUCCUAUAAGAUAAGUUAUUGUUUGAUUCGGAGAAAAAUAUUCUGAUUACUGAGCUAUUCCGCUUUGUAGCAGUUAAAAGAAUUUCGUUACACACGCGUGAAUGCAGCAUUUACACGUAUUUACACGCUUCACAAUACGGUAGCAGUGUGAUAAAAUUAUUCACCUUUGGGACCUUUCACUUAUCAUUGGCACAAACAUUCCAUCUGAUGUCUGUCAGUAGCCAUUGUGCUGUAUAUAUAGUCUUCCCUUCCGUCUAUAGGGCUAAUACACCAGCAGAAACCAUACCGACUCCAAACUCGCCAAUUAUACACACGCUUUAUUCGAAUAUAUCAACACGAGCAUACCGGGUCAGUGUUGUACUAUCAAAAUAAAACAUAUUUAACCCUUUACCUUGUGACGUUAACCUAGACACUGUAAUAGUUUUAACCCUUUACCUUGUGACGUUAACCUAGACACUGUAAUAGUUUUAACCCUUUAUUUUGCGACACUUAUCUAGACCUUGCAAUAGUUUAAGCCCUAUAUCUUGUGACACUUACCCAGACACUGCAAUAGUUUGAACCCUUUAUCUUAUGACGCUAACAUAGACACUUUAAUAGUUUUAACCCUUUAUCUUAUGACGCUAACCUAGAAACUAAACCAGUUAAAGUAGUAUUCCUGUAACCUUGACACUGUAACAGUUUAACCUGUUUUUCCAGAGUUGCUAACAUAGACACUGAAACAGCUUUAACUCAUUAAAAUGGAAAGUAUUCUUAACUCAUUAUCCUGUUGUUGUUAACGUAGACACUGAAUAAUCACUGUUAAUGAAUUAUCCAUCUGCUAUUGACAUAAAAACUGUAUUAGUAUUAUUUUUAUUAUUCCUUAAAUAGUUUAACUUAUACGGUUAUCAUUCAUCCAGGGAAAUAUUUGUUCUUGUUUUGGUAAUAUAUCCGCAAUCCGAGCUAACGGAUUUUGUAUACAAACCUAAUUAGGAUGUAAAUAGUGUACAUAAUAUGUGGUGUUUGUAUACAGGAAUCUUGUACGCACAAUAGUACGUACUGAGUGGCACGCGACUUAUGCAAAUACACAAUGACUUAUUAGAUAGUACUUGAGAUACUAUUACUGAGGUCUAUGCAAAUUAAGAUGGUUUUCAUUGUGAUUUAAGUUUACGAUCUACAGUGUGUGAGGGUUGAUAUUCGUAAUAAGUGACGGUUGGUUUGUACUACAUGGAUUAAACUAAGUGAAUGCACACAUCAUUCAAUACACAUGUAUUUACGUUUUAUGUAUUGCAAAAGUUACAGAGCUCUGAACUUAUUGCGUAUUGAAUUUUGUUGUUCUCCGUGAAUACAAUAACGAACAGUAAAUUACGCAAUACCAAACAGGAAAUGACAUCAAAAUGAACAGGAAAUUAUGUCAUACACAAGAACCGGAAGUAUUAUAAUAAUCAAUGAGAAGGUUGUUAUAACAUUUUCGUUUUUAUUUUCUCUAUAAUAUGGAAAAAUAACAAAGAAACAAAACCCAGAAGGCCAGUGAGAGGACUUACAAAUGAAUAAAUGCCAUGAAUUUUGUAUAUAUCUCUUUUUGUUUCACGUACACAUUAUUUUUUGUUUUACUUUUUUCUUUCGCUCAAAUUCUUUAGCAAUAACUGUUAAAUUUCAAUUACAUGUAAAAAGUGAUUAAUAUACACGAUGAAACUAUAUAUUGUUUAUACUUUGUUGAUGAUAGCUACCUUACCAUGUCGGAGGAAAUAAAAUGGUAGUGAAAAGUG